AUGGAAGAAGAAUAUAAUAUUGAAACGCAGGACCCAGUUGCGAACGAUGUGGUAAACCGUGCUAAUGAAGGAAAUGAAAAUUUAGUGGACAGUGCUAAAGAUUUCGGUGAUGUAGUGGCCUACGACGAGAAUUACGAGGACGAGGAAGGUGGUAACAGCUUCCGUGGAGGCCGAGGACGCGGCAGCUUCAGAAGCAGAGGCCGUGGACCCCCGCCUGGCUGGAUGAAUGGGCCCCCUAUGCGGUUCAGAGGACGCGGAUACGGACCAGGAGGCCCCCCGAUGCGUGGACGAGGAUUCUUUAGAGGCCGUGGCGGCCCACGAGGUUUUGGGCCCAACAAUGGACCUAAUUUUGAUAAUAACUGGGGCCCGAUGGGACCCCCACCGCCGGGUAUGAUGGGUGGGCCCCCGCCUGGUAUGAUGGGUGGACCCCCUCCGUUUGGGCCCCCGCCCGGUAUGAUGCCGCCCGGUGGUCCAAUGGGUCCUCCUCCAAAUAUGAUGGGUCAGCCACCGCCAUUUGGUGGCCCGCCUGGCAUGCCACCGCCAAAUAUGCAACAGAACCCAGAGCUAUGGGUAGAAACCAAGUCGGAUGAAGGCAAGCCCUACUACUACCACGCUAGGACUCGGGAGACAACUUGGACCCGCCCACAGGAGGGCCCCAACUGCAAAGUUAUAUCACAAGCUGAAAUGGAGGCCAUGGUCGCUUCAGGUAUGGUUUUCCCAACAGGCGGUCCAAUGAACAUGGCGGGGCCCCAGCAAGUGCCUAUGAACGGGCCCAUGGGUGGCGGGGGCCCCAUGGGCGGGCCGAUGGGAAUGAUGCCUAACGGUGUAAUGCCGAAUGUGAUGCCGCCUGGAGUACACAAUGCACCCCCUCAAGGGAACGUGCCACCAUUUAUGUCGCAGCCACCCCCGUGGGUCAAAGAAGGAGGUGCAAAGGAUAAAGAAGAAGAGAGUCCCGCGGAGAAUGAUGAGCUUCCUCCCGGAGAGAGCGCGCCCAUACAACCAACUCCUAAUGGUAACAUGUUCCCGGGCCCCAACAACGGUCCCCCGGGCGCGGGUGGUCCGGGCCCCGGUGUGUCGGGUCCCCCCGGGUACGGUGGGUAUCCGGGGGCCGGGUACCCCCCGCCGGGAUGGCCCGGCUGGUCCAACUGGCCCCCUCCACUCGUGGGACAACCACCACCUAAUAUGAAUAAUGCUCCUGCUACUGAUAAUAAUACUAACGCCCAGCCACUGGCCGGUCGCCCGACCAGUCCAUCGUCAGAGCCGACCAUCAUCUCGGACUCCCCCACUCCACUGCAACAACCACCCAAGAAGGAGGAACUUGUGAUAACUCCCGAACUAAUAGCGGCGGCGGGAGAAUGGACGACGCACCGCGCCCCCGACGGGCGCCCCUACUACUACAACGCGGGGAAACAAGAGUCCGUCUGGGAGAAACCUAAACCCAUGAAGGAACUUGAAGAGUUGCGAGCUAAAAUAGCGCUGGAGAAGGGCGAACCGAUUGAGAAGAAAAAUGAUAAGAAAAUGGAUGUCGAUGACAGCAAGAUUGAGGUAAUCGAUGUCGAAGCUCAUGCAGAGGCCCAAGCGGCUGCAGAAGCCGAGCGCGCCGCGGCCGCCGAGCGAGCUCGCCGCGCGGCCGAGCCAGCAGCUCGCCAGGACGAACCUCGCCACGAGGACAAACCCGCGGCAGCCGGCGACAAUAAGGACAAGGACAAAGAGAAGGAAAAGGACAAAGCCAAGCAGGACCGCAGCCGACCUAUAUCCAGCACGCCUAUAUUAGGGACGCCAUGGUGCGUGGUGUGGACGGGCGACGGGUCGGUGUUCUUCUACAACUCGGCCGCGCACUCGUCCGUCUGGGAGCGGCCCGCGCUACUGCUGGGCCGCGCCGACGUCGACAAGGCCGUCAGCCAGCCGCCGCCCGCGCUGCUGGAGCUGCAGCGAAAGGACGCGGCGGCGGCCUCGGGUAACAAGGCGGCUAACGGCGAGCUGAAGCGAACUGCUGAGCCCAACACCGAAGAAGCUGAUGCUGCCAAGAAGACUAAGGUUGAUGAUGAGAAGCCCGCGCACAACUCGCUGUCGGGCGCGGGCACGAUCCUGGUGGGCGCGGCGGCCGCCGUGGAGGCCGAGGUGCGCGCCGCGCGCGAGCGGGGCUCGCUGCCGCACCCGCAGCGCUUGGCCGCCUUCCUGCGCAUGCUGCAGGAGAAGGACGUCUCCGCGUUCUCCACCUGGGAGAAGGAGCUGCAUAAGAUCGUCUUCGAUCCAAGAUAUCUCAUGUUGAACUCGAAGGAGAGGCGACAGGUGUUCGACCAGUAUGUGCGCGACCGUGCCGAGGAGGAACGCAAGGAGAAGAAGAACAGACUCCAGCAGAAGAAGGUCGCCUUCAGGGCGCUCAUGGACGAGGCCAAGCUGCACUCCAAGUCAUCGUUCAGUGAGUUUACGUCGAAGCACGGUCGGGACGAGCGCUACAAAGGUAUAGACAAGGCGCGCGACAGGGAGACGUACUUCAAUGAAUACCUCGCCGAGCUGAGGAAGAAGGAGAAGGAGGAGAAGGAUAAGGCCAGAGAACAGAUGAAAGUCGAGUUCAUUGCGCUGCUGAAAGAGAAGGGCGUGGACAGACAUUCCCGUUGGAUCGACGCCAAGAAGAAGAUCGACAGCGACCCUCGAUACAAAGCUGUGGAGGGAUCUAAUCAGCGGGAGGACUAUUUUAAGGAGUAUUGCAAGAUGGUCAAAGAGGAACGCAAGAAGGAAAAGGAUGGGAAGGAUAAGAAACGCGAGCGUACAGGCGGCAAGAAAGAGAAACGGGAGAAGGAACGAGAGAAAGACAAGGAGGAGAAGAAGGAAGUAAAGAAAGAGAAGAAAAAGGAGAAGGGAGACGAGCCGCAGCCAGAGGAGGUAGAGGAACCGGAUACGGAGGAGGUGGAGGGCGGGAGUGACGCAGAGACGGCGGCCAGGGAGAAGGAGGCUCGGGCACAGGCCUCCAUCAAGGAGAGGGAGCGGGAGGUGCAGCGGGCGCUCGCCACUAGUUUAAGGGACAGGGACAAGGAGAGGGAGUACCAUAAGAGGGACGAGGCUGUGCAGCAUUUCAACGCGUUGCUAGCGGAUCUAGUAAGGAACCCAGACUUAUCAUGGCGAGAUGCAAAGAAACAGCUCAAAAAGGACCACAGAUACAGCCUGGCUGAACUACUCACUAAAGAUGACAAGGAGCGACUGUUCAUGCAGCACACGGGCGCGCUGGGCGGGCGGCGGCGCGACAAGCUGCGCGCGCUGCUGGCGGAGCGCGGCGUGGCGUGCACGGCGCACUGGCGCGACGUGCGCGCCAUGCUCACCGCCGAGCCCACCGCGCCGCUCUACUCCAGCGCCACGCAGAUGGAACGUGAAUUCCGCGAUUACCAGCGGGACAAGCAGUCAGCCGCGAAGACGGCGAUGCGCCAGUUGCUGCAGGAGACCAGGUCCAUCACACACAAGUCACUGGCCGCGGUCAAAGACAACCCUAAUGCGCUGCAACAUGUAUUAGAUGCGCUCAAACACGAUGCCAGGUACACAGCCCUGGACCACAUCCCGGAGGAGAGGCAGGCGAUCCUGACGAGCUACCUCGAGGAACUGGAGAAGAAAGGACCCCCCCCGCCUCCCACCGCCACCGAGCCCAGCCGGAGAGCGAAGCAAUGA